AUGCCGUCCUCAGAUCCCCUCGCCGGCCUCAACGUCUCCAUCAGCCAAGGCACGACCUCGCCGCCGUCCAUCGUCGCCACCGUCAAGAACAACAACCCGCACCCCGUCACCAUCGCGCCCUACCAGUCGCCCUUUGACGGGCUGCUCCUCGAGCAGGGCAACCUGUUCACGAAGCCGCUCGACUACCCUACCAUCGCCCUCAAGCGCGCCUGGCCCCCUCCCGCAGACAGCCUGGUGACGCUGGGGCCGGGCGAGAGCCGCACGGCCGAGAUUGUGCUCCGGCACCCGGUGCCCCUGCAGCAACUUGCGGGCGGUGGCGGCGGCGGCUCGGUGGCGACGGUCAAGCUGCGCGGGCAGUGGAUGUCCGUGUGGAGGCGGGCCAGGGAGGAGAUUGGGGAGGCGGACUGGGACGACGUGUCGAACCCGGAUGAGUUUUCGGGGCUGUACGAGUCCAACAGCCUGGAGAUUCGGAUUGCCUGA